UCUUUCGAAGAGCCAACCUACCACCAACGACCGCGUGUUGUGAUACCCGCGCAAACAAUCGGCACGAAGAACCAGCGUAAGCCCAGUUUGGGAGAGCAGAUCAACCACCCCCAGUCCAGGCCAGUUCGAUCGUGAAUUUCGGAACAUCCAAACAGAAAUCUCACGUCUCACGAUGGCCAACGCAGAACACGGCAGAGAUCAGGCCGAUCGAGGCAUGCGCAAGGAGUAUUUCAACAGCAGCGGUGCGGGAAAGUUUUUGCCACCGGUAUUCAAACUGCUCGAGAUGGCUGUCGCAAUCGUGUGCAUCGGACUGAUCGACGAUCCGGCCCACAACUCGCGGCUUCGGGUGUUUGUAUCCUCGCGCAGUGUUGCGCUUGCCUACGGCACCUUCGUCACGUUCCUCGUGUUCUCCGUCAUCUAUCUGUUCGGAAAGGUUAUUCGAGACAACUUUCCGUGGAAGCUGAACUCGCUGCUGAAUUUGACCGGCUUCAUCUUAUAUCUGGCCACGGCCGUUUGUUUGCUCAAAGAUUGGUCUGAGACGAAGAACCGCAACUACUGGCCUCCGAACACGCAAAGGAUGGAUUUCCUUUGCGGAGCUGGAUCCGUUUCCGUGGUCGGUGCAUUAUUCUACCUUCUUGAUCUGAUCGUAAACGUGCGCCUGGGCAUGAAGGGUGAGAUCGAGUAAGACCAUUGUCCGCUCGAUUGCAGACGUUUUUUUUUUUCAUAUUGAAUUUGAUAACUUAAGCUAGCACCUUCGUCGUAACAUUCUUCCAUCAGUUAGAUAGUAAGCAUUGUACGUUAUAUGUUAUAUUCUCUUUCGAAACUCCCUGUAAAUAUCGAGAAACGAGCUAUGCAAGCCAAACUAUCAUUUAUCCACAGCAUUUGUGGCCGGUGUAGCUAAUGCCGGAGCAAUAUGUCAACCGAUUACUCGGCCCAGUGACAAAGACGUCCAUUUCAGAAUCGUUUCCGUCCAACAACAACAAAACGUAGCAUUACUUACAUAAAUUAAAACAUUUAUACACAUACAUUUGUCACCUUUCCCUUACCAACUAGAAGUUCCAAUCAUUCAUAUCGAAUAUUUUAAAACAUUGAGACGUUGUAGCAAAUUUGGAUGGCACAAAUCGACCACUUUUGAACCGUUUAUAGCAACAGUUUUAUAAAUCAAUUUUUUCGAACAAUAAUCUGCAAUCUAUGCAAAAUCCUCCCACGUCUAAUGCCACCUGUUACAGAUUCGUUCAUAGGCAUUUGAAAUGAGUGAAGAAUUAAACUACCAAAUAUUAGAACGUAAGAAAUUGCAACAGUUGACCGAGAAUCUCCCGGCGAACCGUGGAUUUGGUUUACGUUUUCAAGUAUUUUAAUUUAUGUUUUUGUCUCCAAUUACCAGCGUAUCAGUAAGGAAAAAUCGUUUAUAUCCGUUAAUCUUAAGCAAUGAUCUCCUGCACAAACUUCCAUACAUCAAGUGGAAGUUAGCACAUACGUGUCGUCGUGCAGGGAUAAAGGUGGCGAGUGUUUUUUCUCUUCAAAAGCCAUAAUUUAAAUUACCUAAAUAGUGAUAUAAGAUGGACGCUACCAGGUUGUCCUCUUGUACAAAUUACAUUAUCAAAUAUGUUUUAAAAAAAUUACCCAUUGUGUCAACAUCGAAACAACAUUCAACAUUCUAAU